CACGCCGGCCGGCUGCAGACAUUGGAGACCCAAGCUUCUUCUUCAGUAAGCUUGUAGCCAGCCAGCCAGCCAUGGGGAGGGGGAACGGAGUGAUGGGGAGCAAAGCUGUGGCGCUCGCGCUGCUGCUCUGCCUGAGCAGCGCGGCGGUGGGCGCGUGGGCGAGGCCCGUCGCGAACAAGGGGAAGCACGCCGCAGACGAGAAGUUCCUGUUGCUGAAGAAGCACUUCGGCAAGGGACUUGGAGGUGGCCUUGGGAAGGGUGGUGGGCUCGGUGGAGGUGGCGGUGGCAGCUACGGUGGUGGAGGAGGGCUCGGUGGCGGUGGCGGCUACGGUGGUGGUGGAGGACUAGGUGGUGGCGCUGGCCAUGGUGUCGGUGGAGGUCUUGGUGGUGGGUUUGGCAAAGGAGGGCUUGGCGGCGGGUUUGGCAAGGGUGGCGGACUUGGCGGGGGUAUUGGUAAAGGUGGCGGCCUUGGCGGUGGUUUUGGUAAAGGCGGAGGUCUUGGCGGAGGCAUCGGUAAAGGUGGUGGUCUUGGUGGUGGAAUAGGCCAUGGCAUCGGCGGUGGUUUUGGUAAAGGCGGAGGUCUUGGCGGCGGCAUCGGCAAAGGCGGAGGACUCGGCGGUGGAUUUGGUAAGGGUGGAGGUCUUGGCGGCGGCAUCGGCAAAGGCGGAGGACUCGGUGGUGGAUUUGGUAAGGGUGGAGGUCUUGGUGGUGGCAUCGGCAAAGGUGGCGGUCUUGGUGGAGGGAUAGGCCACGGCAUCGGCGGUGAAUUCGGUAAAGGCGGAGGUCUUGGCGGCGGCAUCGGCAACGGUGGAGGACUCGGUGGUGGUGCCGGUGGCGGGUAUGGCAAUGGUGGUGGUCUUGGAAAUGGAGGCGGGCUCGGAGGCGGCAUCGGCCAUGGACUAGGUGGUGGCAUUGGAAAGGGUGGGGGUCUCGGUGGCGGCUUUGGCAAAGGUGGUGGACUAGGGGGCGGCUUUGGCGGUGGAGGUGGCGGAGGCGGCGGUUUUGGCGGAGGCUUUGGCAAGGGAGGCGGAUUCGGUUUCGGGAUCGGCAAAGGUGGCGGUGGUGGGAUCGGCGGCGGCCACUGAUGUUGCAGUAUGUACGUUUGGCUCAGCUCUGUUCUGCUGAGGGCCGUUGGUCGUCAUAGUAUUCUGUCGAUGUGAGCAGUACGUGUGAUGAAACAUAUUUUUCCCUUGUAGAAUCUCACCACUAGUAUUUUCUUGUGUCUCCUGUUCUCUCAGGGAGACGUAUUCUCGCGCAUGUACGUUGGUGAUGGACCUGAUGGUAAUAUAUGAGCAUCUUGUAUGUCUUGGUCCAUGCCAGUGUAUGUUCCAGUGAUUUUGAAAUAUAAAUUUGGUACAAGUAAAUAAGAAGUGUUCAAACUUCAGAAGCUA